AUGUUGGUUAACUGGUUUGUUCCUGUGCUACUUUCAGUGGUCCAUGUGAUGGCGUCGUACAACGAAACGCUAUAUCUCAAGCCGCUUCCAAGAAAUAAACUCAUGGCUUCAUGGGACUUUGAUAUCGAGUCGAACCCAAAGAAGAUCGAGUUUCAUAAUGAGUCGAUACUGGCAGUGAAGUCCAGUCAGUCUGAGGACCACUUUGCCGAUUUCCCUAGAGCAUUGGGGCCCAUAAUCCAGUCGACUAAUACUCGAGAAUUACACAUAAGAUUCACCCAGGGCUGGUGGGAUCUGGAGUCCUGGGGUAAGCUUCCAAAGGAUGGGUUGAGAAGCGGGGGUACCGGUGUGGAAUUGUGGGCAAUAAUAGAAGCUGGAGACAUCCAGGCUGCAAGAAAGUCAUGGAACAAGUUGACGAAUUCAUUGUCAGGGUUUUUCUGCGCUUCGUUAAACUUCAUUGACGAUUCCAUCACCACCUUCCCGCAGCACCAGAGUCAACAGCAACAACAGCAUGCUCACGUACAGCCGCUCUUAAGCACUAACAGGCUUUACCUUUUGAGAGCCUCGUUGCCUAGUGAGCCAAUUUGUACUGAAAACUUGACCCCAUACUUGAAAUUGUUACCUUCCAGAGGAAAGGCCGGUAUAAGUUCGUUGUUAGAGGGCCACAAGGUGUUUGACAGCUUGUGGCACGGUAUGUCUAUAGACAUCGAAAGCAAGUGUGUUGAUGGUAACUUUUGUUCCUUUUCCAUGCACCAAUCGGUUAAUUCCAUUGUAGACGUUAUUAAGUCCAUGAAUAAGAAGGAGAAUGGAGGUAUCCCCAGGCCAACUCCUGGUGAGGAGUUGAGAUGUGAUCCAAAGAAGAUCAAUAACAUUUGGCAGUGCUUCCCCUUAAAUGACCCCACCGAGUUGACAUGGGAAUUAGGUGACCUUUUAGGCAGAAAGAUAAAGGGCCCUGCCUUAACUGGUACCAAUUACCCGAUAUCCAACGUAAUUAUUGAUGUUGAUAAAGAGUUUUGGAAGGUCCGCGUCAGUAAGUUUAAGAAUAGCCCAGAAAACGAAGGCGAGGUCAUUAUCACUCGCCAUGAGAUCACACCUCAAGAAGAAGGUAGGAUACACUUCACGAUAGACGAAGCAUGCGAGUACGAUUUCAUGUUCGAGACACUGGAUUCAGAGAAGACUUCUUCAAUUGAACAGCCACCUUUAAAGGUUUCAAGAUCUUUGAGUGGAUACUCUCAAGGCCAGGGUGGUUUCCGUAUAUCGUUCAAAAACCCUUCAGACGAGAAGAUCAAGUUUGUUUACUUCGAGGUAUUGCCAUGGUAUAUGAGACUUUACUUUAACACGAUGUCUAUGGAAAUAACCAGUGAGCUGUCGCUGUCGUCGUCGUCGAACAGUGGGAAGAUUUCUGAAUCUGACUUCAUAAAAUCCAGAUACUACAAACCCGCUAUUGACAGAAAAAGACCAUCUCAUUUGGAACUAACCAUCGAAUUGCCACCCCAUACGACAAUGACCUUGAACUAUCAAUUUGAUAAGUCGUUGCUCUUGUACGCAGAGUACCCACCAGAUGCUAACCACGGGUUCGCUAUCGAACCUGCUGUUAUUACUGUUUUAGAUUUGAAUACUGGAGAAAGUGCCUACCAAUUGCGUACCACUAGUUUGUUGGUGACCUUGCCAACCCCCGAUUUCUCGAUGCCUUACAACGUGAUUAUAUUGACCAGUACCGUGAUGGCUUUGGUGUUUGGUUCUGUGUUUAACUUGUUGAUUAGAAGAGUGGUUACGGAAGAAGAAUUAGAGAAGUUGGCUUCGAAGUCAAAGCUUUCCUUAAUAGUAGGAAAUAUAAAAUCCAAGAUUAAUAGCUUGACAAAGAAGAAAUAG